AUGGUCGCCAACUCUCCCGUACCCAACAUCCCUGUUGUGGAUUUUACUGGCUGGAACACGGAGUCUGGGCGUCAGCGAGUGGCGGAAGAACUCGUCGCUGCUUGCAAAAAGGUGGGGUUUGUCUACAUUGUGAACCACUCUCUGCCAGAGUCGAUGCUAGAUGAGGCAUUCAGCUGGUCAAGUUCAUUUUUCGAACUGCCACAGGAUGAGAAACUUAAAGCGCCUCACCCGGACGGAUGGGCUGUUCACAGAGGUUACUCUUGGCCUGGGCUGGAGAAGGUGUCACAGACCAUGAGUGCCGAUAAUGACCAGGACAGAGUGAAACAAUUGCGGGAGAUUGUGGAUUUCAAAGAAAGCUAUGACGUAGGCAGCGACGAGAAUUCCGACCAGCCUAAUCAAUGGCUGCCCGAUGAUAGCCUCCCUGGGUUCCGCGAAUUCAUGCUUCGGUUCUACUGGGAGUGUUUUCGGGUUGGAGGGGAAAUUCUGCAAGCGCUCGCUGUUGGCCUGAAGCUGGACGAGAACCACCUACUCAAAAAGCACUCAGGCCGUUACAACCAGCUGCGAUUGUUACACUAUCCGCCCAUUCUAGCCGAAGCAAUCGAGACAGAUCGUGCGGCCAGAUGCCCAGCGCACACCGACUGGAGCUCCAUCACCAUGCUGUUUCAGGAUGAUUGCGGUGGGCUUGAAGUCGAGAAUAUCUCCACUCCGGGAACAUUUAUUCCCGCGACGCCUGUGAAAAACGCAAUUGUGAUGAAUGUGGGAGACCUCUUGCAGAGAUGGAGUAACGACAUCUUGAGAUCUACUAGCCAUCGAGUUACAUUGCCGCCUCUACCUGAUAGGUUUGAGGGAUUACAACGUAUGACACGUAGACGGUUCUCCAUUCCAUACUUCAUGGCGCCAGACCCAGAUUCGGUAAUUGAAUGCAUCUCAUCCUGUAUCGAAGAGGGGGCAGCUGCUAAGUACGAGCCAAUUACACAGGCUGGGUAUAACAAAAUGAGGGCCUCUAUGCAGUACUGA